UAUUCUGCCAAAAGUAAAAAUAUCCUUCCUUCACAUGGCAGGUAUAUUGAUUGAAACAGCAAAAAGAACAAACCUGCGUCAUAAGCGUUUCUUUCAUACUUUGCAAUAAAAUUUUCAUUCAUUCGCUUCGACCUUAUAAAGUAAGUUCUAAACCCAUGGACAACUAUGGCUAUAGAAGCAGCAGCGUGUGUGAGAUAGAGGAGGAAGAAGACGACAAGCAUGAUAAUAAGGCUAUUGGCACCAUUCACGGUGAAGAAGAAGAUUGUGUUUAUGUAGCAGUUGGCAAGAGCCACACUAGCAUGGACGCUCUCUCUUGGACACUCAAGCAAUUGGCCACCCAAUCUACCAUCAUACACGUGUUCCCUCAGAUCAACCACAUUCCUAAUCCAUUGGGAGUAGGAAUGAUUCCAAGGAAUCAAGUGAGCGGUGAGCAGGUGGAGAGUUAUAUUGCACAAGAAAGGGGAAAGAGGAGAGAGCUCCUUCAGAAAUUCCUACAAUCCUGCACUAAUUCCAAGGUUAAGGUAGACACCAUCCUGAUUGAGAGUGACUUAGUUGCAAAGGCCAUCCUCGACCUCAUUCCCAUUCUUCAAAUAAGAAAUCUAGUCAUUGGAGUCAACAAAAGAAAAUCAAAAUCAAGAAAAGGGAAUAGCAUAGGCGAUCAGAUACUGCAGAGUGCACCACAAAAUUGCAAGGUGAGAAUUAUUUGUGAGGGGAAGGAAGUAAAUGAGAAGAGGAUGUCACCCUCUCCACAGGCUUUUACCACUCGCACCUCUGCUAAUGAUAAUUCCAUAACUAACAAAAAAGAAGAUCAACAACAUGAUUCUGUUUCAUGCAGCAUUUGUUUCAUACCAAAGUUUAAAUGAUUAGUGUGGUUGAAUUGCGGCAAGGUCAAAGGGAUGUGGCUCAUUCAAGUUCUUUGACUAGUAAUGAAUUAUUUUGAGAUUUUAAUAAUGAAGAUGAAAAUUUAGUUUACCAAUACAGAGUUUGGUUGGGCUGCUAAUAAUGAUUUUAUAUUUUACCGAUGGUAGUCCUAAACCCUAUUGUAAUAUAAACUGUAAAGUUAAUUGGGUCCAUUAUUUGUGAAAAAAUAGGGGGAAAUUUUCACUUUUAUAUAUAGCAACGUUUUUAGCUAGAAGGAAACUAGAAUCUAUGUGUAGAAUCUCAGUGUAAUGUAGAGAAAAGAAUGAGAAUUUUGCUUUGC